CUUGGGUACCUGGGAGCUAUUCCAAUCAUCUUUGUCUCGGAAAGAUUCUGACCAUCAAGCCCUAAUUACUGACAAAGGAAGUUGGCUGAUGGACUGCCUGAUUUAGGAAGGAACAAGGCUGGCUUGUGAGAAACAAAAUAAAUCCAUGGAAGACAAGAUUCCUUCCUGAGUCUGGUGAACAUGUUUGCAUGCAGUUGAUAUUGGAUAAAUAUUGCUCAUUUGAAGUAUAUUUCAUAUUUCAGAUAGAGUAAAGGAUUGAGUGGGGAGGUCAGAGGAAAUAAAUAUUUCAUAUCUCACCAAACUCCUUCAAGAAUUCAGGACAUCAACAAACAUUUAUAAACAUGAAACAAAGAAUAUUGUUCCUCUGAAUCCUUCUUGGAGAAUAUACUAGACAACCAAUUUCAGACAACAAGAAAUGAUUGGAGAAUCUUCACCAUAAGGAGUUAGCUGUGAGGAAAAUGAGAGCACUUGAAGCUAACUGAUGGAAGCCAAACAUACUAUAAGAUAUACAUCAAAUAUUCAGAAGAAACAACAUCAGGAGCUAAAUGUUCUAUUUAAACCUGUAGUUGCUGCUCAGAAAAUAAGUAAAGAUGCAGACCCAAAGUCGGUGGUUUAUAUGUUCUUCAUGCAAGAGCAACGUACUGGAGGAGAGAAGUAAGCUGUGUUGAUCAGUGACUUUGGUGAAGGCUGAGGAAGUUGAAUUUGCAGAUGAUACACAACUUCUGAGCUUUCCAGCAGAUUUCAGAGAACCCUAUUUCCACUGUUUCAAAAUAACCCACAAGCUACAGCUCUUCUAACACCCACCUCCACAAGCAAAUGUCAGGUCUUUUUCAAGAAGUCUUGCAGGGGAUUGGAGGGGUUAAAUUUAUCAUUGAGCCAUAGGAUGCUCGACUGUAAGAAGCUACUUCAGACUUGAUUGAGAAGCAUAUAACCAACAGAGAUCUUGAAGCUGGAUGCAGUCAACAAGUUUGAGCAAGGCAUUUCUUAUUGGAAGAAGAGAUUGCUGUAGAUGAAAAAAUGCCUUUGUUUAGUAAAUCACACAAAAAUCCAGCGGAAAUUGUGAAAAAUCUGAAAGACAACAUGGUCAUUUUGGAAAAGCAAGACAAAAAGACAGACAAGGCCUCAGAAGAAGUCUCAAAAUCGCUGCAAGCAAUGAAAGAAAUUCUGUGUGGUACAAAUGACAAGGAACCCCCAACUGAAGUUGUGGCUCAGCUGGCACAAGAGCUCUACAAUAGUGGGCUGCUGGUGACACUGAUAGCUGACCUACAGCUGAUAGACUUCGAGGGAAAAAAAGAUGUGACCCAGAUAUUUAACAACAUCCUGAGAAGACAGAUAGGCACUCGGAGUCCUACCGUAGAGUACAUUAGUGCUCAUCCUCAUAUCCUCUUUAUGCUCCUCAAAGGAUAUGAAGCCCCACAGAUUGCCUUACGCUGUGGAAUUAUGCUGAGAGAAUGUAUUCGACAUGAACCACUUGCCAAAAUUGUCCUCUUUUCUGAUCAAUUCAAAGAUUUCUUUAAGUAUGUGGAGUUGUCAACAUUUGAUAUUGCUUCAGACGCCUUUGCUACUUUUAAGGAUUUACUAACCAGACAUAAAGUGUUGGUAGCAGACUUCUUAGAACAAAAUUAUGACACUAUUUUUGAAGACUAUGAGAAAUUGCUUCUGUCUGAGAAUUAUGUGACUAAGAGACAAUCUUUAAAGUGGGAAUCUGUCAGAUACUGGACCAAAGUAGAGAGGUUGGUAUGAAUUAAGGUGACUGAACCAAAUUGGGAUGAAGAAAGCUGAGGGUCAUGGACUUUAGUAUUUAUCCUUGUACCAUUUUCAGCAGUGACAAGAAGUUGUUACCGAAAUUCUUUUGUGAUCAGCUGUCUCUAGGGCCUUAGGCACAGUUAUCCAAACAUCUCCCUUCUGGGCCCUCUUCCGGCUUUUUCUGCCUUGUUAUCCUAUCAUCCCCUCCUACCCAUGUGUGCCCAUUGCCCUCAUUCUCUUCUCAGGAUGUCUUCAGUUCUACCUUGUCCUGUCCCCUUGUUAAUAUUUGUAAAGUGAUUAGAGCAGAGCCUAGCACAUGGUAAGACC